UGACUUUGGUGGCCCUCAACUGUGUCUAUAUGAAGUAUGUGACCAAGGUACAGGCGUUUCUCUCCCUCACCAAAAUCAUUGCUCUCCUAAUUAUCAUAACUGGAGGAAUAGUUCGCCUGAUCCAAGGUGAGACAGAAAACUUAGUAAAUGCUUUCCCAAAGACAGCAGAGAGUCUAGAGGCAGGAAAUUUAGCCAUGGCCAUAUUUUUCUCAAUUUUCACCUACGGGGGAUGGCAGGUUCUCUGUAGUCUAAUGGAAGAAGUGAGAGAUCCGGGAAGAGAUGCUCCUCGAGCUGUGUAUUUGUCCUUUGCCAUUAUCGUCCUGAAAUACAUCCUCACAAACCUCGCUUAUUUCAUCGUUUUGUCACCUCACCAGAUCCUUCAUACAGACGCUAUAGCAGUGAUUUUUACAGACAUGCUGUACCCGCCGAUGACACCAGUCAUUUCCAUCCUCGUGGGGUUGUGCUGUGUGGGAGUCUUAAAUGCCAGCAUCAUGGGACAUUCAAGAAUCUUAUUUGCAGGAGCCAGAAAUGGACACGCCCCUUUGAUACUUGGAACACUACAUGUACGGUUCCUUACACCCUGGGCAGCCAUCAUCGUCAUGAGUGCCUGGUCCCUGGUCAUGCUGGUGACGGGAGGACUGACAACAUUUAUGGAGUUUAUUCAGGUUUUCUCUACGAUCCUCAGUAUAUGUGUCAUAUCUGCUCAGUUGUACUUACGCAAGACCCAACCAGACAUCAACAGACCAUUUAAGGCUAACCUUGUGAUGGCUGUGACGGUUUUGGCUGUCAAUGCGAUCCUGCUGGUAAUGUGUGUGGUCGCUGCCCCUAAAAGGAUUGGUCUUGGUCUUGGAGUGUGGCUAACUGGUAUUCCAGUGUAUAUAGUGUUUGUGCAAUGGAAGUCAAAACCCAAAGGAUUCAACAAGUGUAUGGCAAAGAUCACACACAGCAUACAGAAGGGCCUUCUGCUGGGAAAGUCAGUAUAAGGUCGUCACAGGUGCCUAACUACAUAAAGCUCCCUUGCUGGGAAAGUUAUUGUGAUAGAAUCACUCUAACUUUCUGGAAAACAUACAAAUACUCAAUUCUUUGUGAAAGUAACUCCUAUGUUUCUUGAAUGAUUUCGAUGAAAGUUAGUUGAAAGGGUUGACGGAUGGCACAAUAGUAACUUGCCUGUCACCUAGGCAGGUGGGACUUGAUUCCUGAUCUAACAUGAAAUGAUAUGGGAUCACCUGACUGACCAUGUGUUUCGUUUUUUUCCCUGGGUAUUCCGGUUUUCUCGGAUACUCCCCUGCCUUAUAAGAUAAGU